GGAGCAGGAGGAGGAGGAGGAGGAUGUGGAGGCGAAGAAGAAAAGUGAAAAUAUUUCACAGCUCGACGCAGCUUUUUAAAAUAAUGGAUGAUCGAUGCUCCGCAGCUUUUCUUUUUCUUCUCUUCUCUCGUCAAAUGUAGGUUGAUAAAUGUCUGUGAUACUGGUGUUUACCGUAAUGUCAGCUUUACCAUUCGCAGUAGGAAAUCAUCAGAUCACCUGUCAGACUGAACCGAACCAGGCAGAAGAAGGUGGUGAUGUUUCACUGCAGUGUCGUCUGGAUCCAUCAGUGGACUUGAGGAAAGAAACACUGGAGUUUACCAGAGCUGACCUCAACAGAGAAGAUGAUGUGGUCCACUUGUAUCGACAUGAAAAGGACCAAACUGAUCCACAGAUGGAUCAGUACAGAGACAGGACGACUCUCAACAAAGAAGAUCUGAUCAGAGGAAUCAUCAGUCUGAACAUCUCCUCAUUGAACCUGACAGACAGUGGACUGUACACAUGUUACGUCCCAGGACUAGCAGCCAGUGCUACCAUAACUCUUACUGUUGUGAGAAAAGACCAAGACACAGGACAAACACAACGAUCAUCGAGUCAGAGAAACCAGGAGCUAAAGAGGAGAAGGAUGUUGAUGUCAUUGUUGUUGCUGUUCUUGCUGUUCUUCUUUUCAUUGUUGGUCUGAUUAUCGGAGUCCUGGUGAAACGUAGAAAUCUCACCAUUUGUCAGAGGAGGGAGGGAGGAGGAGACCAGGGACGAGAGCUGGCAGACGUGGACUGAUGGUCGAUGGACGGACGGCUGCUGGAGAGAGAAGACGUUUAGAACCUGAGUGUUUAACAGCUGCUCUGGUUUCAGCAGCUUUACCAAAGAUUGUACUCAACAAAGGGACUUAAACCUCUCUCUACUGCAGGGAUGAAGAAGAAGCAGGAAGCAGAGAAAACACCAAACAUCUCUGAGAUGGAAAAGCUGGAGACGACAUCAACAGAAGGAGAUGAAGAGCUGCACAGAGCUGCAGAAAACGCUUCAGGAAACUUCCUGAAAGAGUUUGGGUUUGAAGAUGAUCUGCUGGAUCCUGCUGCUCAUCGUCCUGAUCUCCUGUGUCUCUGGAACACUUGUAGUGAAUGUGGCACAGACCUUCUAUCAGGCAGAGGAGAACCACCACAUCACACUGGAAUGGACCUUCACACCCAAAACUCUCAGCUCCUCCAACAUUUAUAUCCUCUGUCAACUGAUAACUGAUCAGAGAGCCUCAAGACUGUUUCAUCUCCAUGAGGGUGUUGAGGUCUCAAAGUCUCAGGAUGAACAGUUUUCAGGACGAGUCCAGUUUGACAAAGACGUCCUCAGAGAAGGACGACUCAGACUUGAUGUGUCCAGACUCAGGACUGAGGACUCAGGUCUGUACCUGUGUGAGGUCAAAACAGAGUCCGGUUCAAGCUCUGACAAGUGUCGACUCAACGUCACUGCGACUCAUCAGAUCACCUGUCAGACUGAACCGAACCAGGCAGAAGAAGGUGGUGAUGUUUCACUGCAGUGUCGUCUGGAUCCAUCAGUGGACUUGAGGAAAGAAACACUGGAGUUUACCAGAGCUGACCUCAACAGAGAAUAUGAUGUGGUCCACUCGUACCGCCAUGAAAAGGACCAAACUGAUCCACAGAUGGAUCAGUACAGAGACAGGACGACUCUGAUCCAUGAAGAUCUGAUCAGAGGAAUCAUCAGUCUGAAGAUCUCCUCAUUGACCCUGACAGACAGUGGACUGUACAGAUGUUACGUCAAAGACCUGGAAGCCAGUUGUACCAUGAAUGUUACUGUUGGAGCUGAAGAGGUGGAGAAUGUUGGUGCCAUUGUUGUUGCUGUUCUUGCUGUUCUUCUUUUCGUUCUUGGUCUGAUUAUUGGAGUCCUGGUGAAACGUAGAAAUCUCUGGAUGAAGAAGAAGCAGGAAGCAGAGAAAACACCAAACAUCUCUGAGAUGGAAAAGCUGGAGACGACAUCAACAGAAGGAGAUGAAGAGCUGCAUAGAGCUGCAGAAAACGCUUCAGGAAACUUCCUGAAAGAGAGAGCAUUGUCCUGCUGACAGAGGACACUGUCACCAUGAACAUGGUCUGCUGCAGAGUUCAGGUUGGUGGUUCGUGUCCAUCUCUUCUCCAGGUAAACAACACACCUGCACCCAGCCGUCCACAUGAUGUAAAAGAAGAUGCUCCAUGGUCUCCAGACACAUUAUGCUAGAGUGUCACCUCAGUAUUUAUAUGUUUACAGCAGUCAGACUGACCUCCUCACAGCUUAUGAUCAUGUCAAUCACUGGUUUCUACAACAUUUGAAAAUGACAGGUGAACACAGUUUUUGUAUUUAUGACUGAAUGCAGGCACCAGUAUAAAUAACACUGCUUAUGAUGUAGUGGAUCUAUAACUGAUGUUUGAUAUUCUAUCUAUCUAUCUAUCUAUCUAUCUAUCUAUCUAUCUAUCUAUCUAUCUAUCUAUCUAUCUAUUUAUCCUGUCUGACAGUGAAAGAUGUAAUUUUCUUUGUUGUUGUUUUGUAUUUGUUUGGUUUAUUUAUUGUUGUAAACAGGUGAGUUGUGGUUUUAAUAAAGAGAUUGAAUCAUGUGAUAAACAGUUA